UAGAAACAGCUGACAGCCAGCUUGUCAAUUGUCAUUAUACAAUUUCUAUUGUGAAAUAAAUUUGUUUUUAUUCAAAACGCAUUUCUAUUAAAAUAUUUAAAAUAAUGAGUAAUUUGUUGAAUAUUACCAAACAAACUUGUCGUUUGUGCCAGUCGACAUUAAAGCAAGCACCAGCAAAUGUUUUGCAAUGCAAUAUCGCUGCUUUAUCCACAACAGCGUGUGUUUGUGCUGAUUCCAAGCAACCGAAAGAAAAGAGUGCACGGGUAGUGGAAUUUGAAAAGAAAUUGCGUGCCAAGACACCAAUUGGCAAACUAGAUGAGUUCUCACAACAUCCAUUCCAAGAGAAAGAACCUCUGAAGCCCUGGCCCAAUGCAACCAACCCACAUACUGGAGAAAUUGGCGGACCUGCAGGACCAGAGCCAACACGUUAUGGAGAUUGGGAGCGUAAAGGGCGUGUUACAGACUUUUGAAUGAACUUUAUGGAUUUCAAUUUUUUUGUUUUUUGAACGUACUGUUAUUACAUGUCACAAAUCUUAAAUGUAGUUAAUGGAAUUAUUAUUCAAUAUUGUUCCAAAAUGCUUGUUAUUGUAAAGCUUCUUUAUAUGAACAAUUUCAUAAAUUAAAUAACGUCAUCUAAAGCAGAGAAAAUGCAAAUGGUCACAAUAGGAUUUUAAGUAAAUAUAUUUCGGGAUAAAUGAUCCUAUUUCUA